CAUUGGAUAGCCGAGUACAAGAUGAAAUCAUGUAAGUAAUCAUUAAACUAUUUUCAGGUGUUGGAUUUAGAUCCCUCUUUUUCUACACAAAGUUGAACAAAAUCAUUCAAUACAAGCUUAGCAGAAACAUGAGUCCAAAAUUCACAUAUGGAAUCCUCUUUCUUCAUCUUCUACUAAUCACGAGUUUUUAUGGAAACACAGCAAGAGAAUUGGUUGACACAGAAAACAAACUCUUGGAUAUAUCAGAAAAUGGUACUAAUGAACCCCAAAAAGAACACAAACAUCAUGAACAUCACCAUAACCACUACCACAUGGAUCCUUCUGUUAUGGUGUUCUUCACCUUACAAGAUCUAAGAGUUGGAAAAAGAAUGCAAAUUUAUUUUCCCAAAAGAAACCCUUCAACUUCCCCCAGAUUUUGGCCAAAAGACAAAGCAGAUUCACUUCCCUUCUCACUGAACAAACUCCAAACCCUUCUCGAAAUCUUCUCUUUCUCUCAAGAUUCUCCACAAGCCAAAGCAAUGGUAGACACACUCCAAGAAUGCGAGACUAAACCGAUCCAAGGAGAACUAAAAUUCUGCGCUACUUCGUUAGAAUCUAUGCUAGAUUUCACUCAAAAAACUCUCGGUUUUUCCAAUGAUCUUAAAGUUUAUGCGACUAAGCAUUUAACGAAAUCAAGCGUGACUUUCCAAAACUACACUAUAUUAGAAAAUAUUGUUCGGAUUUCUGCUCCGAAGAUGGUGGCGUGUCACACUAUGCCUUACCCUUAUGCUGUUUUCUACUGUCAUAGUCAAGAGAGUGAGAAUAGGUUAUAUCGAGUUCCGCUUGUCGGUGAUAAUGGUGAUAGGGUUGAAGCUAUGGUUGUUUGUCAUAUGGAUACUUCUCAUUGGGGACAUGGUCAUGUUUCAUUUCAGGUUCUUGGUGUUGAGCCCGGAAGUUCGAAUGUGUGUCACUUUUUUCCUGCUGAUAAUUUCAUCUGGGUUCCAAAAGUGCAAGUUCAUGGGGAUGGUGUUUCUGUGAUGUGAUUAUAGUUUUUAGUAUAAGUGUUUGAUGUUUGAGUUUGUUUGUGAUUGUUGAAAUAAAUCAGUACUCUCUUGUGAGAUGAAUAAUGUAAUAUUUGCUAUGGGGAUAUGUUAUGAUGUAAGACACUAAAAGUGUUUACUUUUUAUUUUCAGUA